AUGUCUUUAUUUCGUAAGCCUAAAAAGAUUCAGCGACGCGUGUUUUGUGCCGAUGAUCAGGAUGAUAGCGAUCCUGAGCCUCCACCGCCACCGACAAUUAGUCAUAAGAAAGAAAAUAAAACUGCGAAAGGCAAAACAUUGUUAAGUUUCGCGGAUGAAGAGGAUGAAGGAGAGGUAUUUAAGGUAAAGAAGUCAUCACAAAGUAAGAGGUUAGCAAAGCGCAGGGAAAAAGAAAAGCGUACUCAACCUGAUGAUGAAAUUCACAAAGUUGAAAAUAAUGGCAUUGAGGAAAAUCAAGCAGAGGAGAAAGAUAUUAUUAAGAAAAAGAAGAAAGUAUCCCUUGAAGGGAUGAUUCUGUCUGGAAGAGAGGCACUAGCUGCAGAUGGGGCUGGAGAUAUUUCAGACGAAAGUGGCAAUGAAGAUGAGGAUAGUAGGGGUUUCCACCAGUUCCGCGCGGAAACAGUCCGAGCGGCGCUGGCUGGUGCGGGACAUAUUCCCGAUGCCGCACUCAUCCAUGCGGCCCGCAAGACGCGACAGCAGGCUCGUGAACUUGGUGAUUACAUCCCAAUCAAGUCUGAUACUCCGUCUGGCUCUCGAUUGAUUCAUGAGGAUGAUGAUGAUGAUGAAGAAGAAGGCAGAAUUCAAGUCAGAGGGUUGGAGUUGCCUAGUGAUAAACCAAAACGUGGAACAGCAACAUUAUCGGAUGAAGAGCUGAACAGUGAAGCUGAAGAAUGGGAGGAACAACAGAUGCAGAAAGCGGUGCCCUCUAUUGUUGAUAUCACUGGUGAAACUGAGUUGAAUCCUUUUGCUGUGGCCCCCCUGCCUGCAAGACUUGAGGCUCCGCAGCACUUAAGGGCCCUCGGGACUCCAGCCGGGCCCCCGCCCACCACAGCACAGGAAUUGGUACUUGCUCUACAAAAAAGGUUAUCUGAGCUGCAAACAGAUCGCCAAGAAACGAUAAACAAAAGACAGACUUGCCAGGAAAGAUUAUUAACCUCUGCCCGGGUGAGGGAAUCCCGCUCUGCCCGAUGCCAGGACUUAGAUGCUGCAUACAAACGGGCACAGGCUGUUCGAGGCUAUCUCACUGACCUCAUCGAGUGUCUGGAUGAAAAGAUGCCCCAACUUGAAGCUCUGGAAGCCCGCGCUCUGAUGCUUCACAAGCGUCGCUGCGAAUUCCUCAUCGAAAGGCGUAGAGCUGACGUGAGAGAUCAGGCGCAAGAUGUUCUGGCUUUAGUCGCUCGACCAGGCUCCAUAAAGCCUCCAGAUUCUGAAGAAAAACGUCGUCGCUGUGCCGAGCGUGAAGGUCGUCGGCGCGCGCGCAGAUUGAAGAGAGAAGCCGCUUCCACAUCACAUCUGCACCGGGACGGUGACUCCAGUGAUGAUGAACUGCCUCCCAAGGAGGUUUUACACGUUCAGCAUGAGACCGAUGCAAUUCGUCAGUUGUCGUCGUCGUUAUUCGCUGAUGCGUUGCCGGCAUGGCGUAGUAUACGGGGUAUUUGCGCCAAGAUGGCGAGAUGGAGACGGAAACACAGCACCCUGUAUAGCGAUGCCUAUAUCGCUGACUGCUUGCCGAGGCUCUUAGCGCCUUAUGUGAGGCAUCAGCUCGUAAUGUGGAAUCCGCUGGCGGAUGAAGAUAAUGAAGAUUACGAAAAAAUGGACUGGUAUAAAUGCCUCAUGAUGUACGGAGUACGAUCUGAAAAGCUUUCAGACGAUUCUGAGUCUUCAGAGGAUGAUAUGACUCCCCAAUUGAGUGAAGAAACGGUGAGGGAUGAUGUGGAUCUGAUGCUGGUACCCACCAUACUUGAUAAGGUCGUACUGCCCAAGAUUGCAGAGAUUGUCGAGAACGCCUGGGACCCGAUGUCUGUUCGUGCGUGUAUUCGUCUACGCAAUAUUCUGGUGCGAGCUGCGACUCUUCCUGCCAGGUCUUCUCUAGAGAAGCUCUCUGCGGCCGUUAACUCGCGACUUUCUUCAUCGUUGGCAGCUGAUGUUUUUCUACCUCCGGCACCUCAAUUAGCGGAUAACGCUGGAAGUCAGUUUUGGAAGCGAUGCUUAGGCGCUGGAGUCCGAUUACUGCGAGCCUCGCUUUGUCUUUGCGCACCGCCUGACAUUCUUAGCGGAGAUCAUUUGGCACUAUCACUAAUUGAGACGCUUUGCUGCGCGGCGGGAGCAGCACCCGGACCGCAGAUGAGUGCGGCGGCUGCGGCUCUCGCGAAUACGCUGCCUCGUACGGGACCCCUUGAGGACUACGGCUCUCAACAGGCUGGCCAAGUUGGCGCACCUCGCCCUGACGAGGCUGCAGUCUGA